UUAAAGUUUGGCUGGACUUGUUUUGGUCUGGUCAGCCACCGAGACCGACGUUUUGUUGACAAUGUGAUCGUCAAGUAACAGCUGAGUGGUAAAGAAAUAUUAGUGUCAAAUGUUUAUGGCAAUGGGGUCAGUGAAACUCAACGCUGGGCAAGAAAAUUCAGCGACGGCGGCCACAGUCGCAGAGGCCAAGUUGGUGUGCCAGGGAGUAAACAACCAGAGCUACACCUGUGAGUCAGGUCACUGCUGUGGAGAGACACAGUGCUGCAGCUACUACUAUGAACUGUGGUGGUUCUGGCUGGUGUGGGCUCUGAUCAUUAUCCUGACAUGCUGCUGUGUUUGUCAGCACUGGCGCUCCAAGCAGCGUUUCCAGCAGCAGCGCCGGCAGAACGAGAUCAACCUCAUUGCAUACAGAGAGGCUCACAACAACUCUCAGCUACCCCUCUAUCUCAGAUUCUUGCCCACCUACCUGUUGCCAGCCUAUGAAGAGGUAGUUGAUCGCCCAGUCACACCACCUCCUCCCUACACCCCUCUUCAGCCAGCACCUACUCCCACAGACCCACCUGAGGAAUGCCCUUGCCCACACUCAUCAGUCUCUGUCCCUAGUGAUGCUGAUGCAGUACUCCCUGCUACUCCAGAGGUCACGCAGCCCCACCUUCACAGCGCGUACAAUCCCAACAAGGACUCAACGCCGGGCAGGUACCGGCGCUUCACAGGGGAUUCUGGGAUUGAAGUGUGCGAUGGCCAGGAACUUUGGGAUCAGCACAGCUUUUUAGAAAAUGAGGAAGAGACAGAAGAAGAGGGGACAGGACAAAUGGAGGACCCAUGUGAUCGCUGUGGUCCAGAGAUCUUUGAACACAGCCAUAUUGGUGGAGCAGACAUUACUGAAAACACAGAUGGACACACAGCCAUGGAUACAGAGCCCCACAGUCCCUUAGGUAAUCCAAAAGAAUGCCUUUAAUAUCUGCAGUCCUAAAACAAAACUCUGCAGCAGUCUCUUCUGCAAUAUUAUGCCUUUGGUGCUCAGAGGUUUGGCCUGUUUUCACCUGUGUACAUUUGUAACACCAGUGUGUGUGACAGGCCUGAAGACAAAUAUGACUAAAUGUUUUAAUAAUUUGAAAACUGUAAAGCUACAUCAUGCAAUUUCUGGUUUGGAACAGAGUGUGUUUUUUCAUUUUCAAGUCGAAUUUGGACAGUUGCUCACAUUGAAGAGCUGUCCAACUGUCUGCAUUAAAAUUUUCUCCCACCAAGGGGCAGCACUGAUUUUCAUGUUGAUAUACUCGGUUCUUAAAGCUUUGUUCAAAGGUUCCUUGAGUCACAGAUCCUGAUGUAACUUAAGGAGCUGUUGCUCUGUCACUGCAUAGCAUUGGUCUAGGUGAGGGUUCAGCAAUAUAGAGCUAGAGUUUUUUUGCAGAUACUGAUACAUGAAAGUUGUUUUUUUAAAUCCAGUAACCAUAUAGGAAAAGAUACUCGUUUUUUUACAUACAAGCAUAACAUUAUUUUUUUUUUCCCAUAAAGAUGCCUUAAAUUUGAUUCUAAAAGAACUGUGACCAAAAUAUGUACCAAUUAGAACAUUUUGUAGUGAUAAUGUAACUAUGUAAUGUAAUGUAAGCCACCUUAAACAUUUCCUCUGAUACUGAUAUAUCAUUGAUAAGAUGAAAUCAGCCCGCUGUCUAGUGGAAGCUAUGUCUUAAAUAUCUAAGGUUGCAGUAAGCUAUGUAGAGCACUGUAGAAAAUCAUUGAGCAGGACGGCUUUUUUUGCCCUUAAUCCCAAAAUAGACAAUAUUCUUAUUAAGCUAUUUACACGGCUAAUGAAAAUUCCAUUAAUAGUCCAGUUAACAUGCCCUAGCAUGUCAAUGUUUUAUAAAAGGCAUGGCCUCAUUUAUGAUAUAAUAUUUUACAGAGGUAAAAUUAUUAUGGCAGUUACAUCAUUUAUUUACCUAUAUAUAUAUAUAUAUAUAUAUAUAUAUAUAUAUAUAUAUAUAUAUAGGGGCAGCACUGAUUUUCAUGUUGAUAGAAAAUACACUUUCAGCACUGUGGAGAAGGACAGCUCCAACUUAUGAUGUAUGUCAAUAUGGAUAAGUGGAACAACUUGGGCGGCUUGUCAUUUUUUCAAAGUUUUCUCACCAGUGGUGGACUUAUUGGAUCAUGCAAACACAACCUCCCUCUUUCAUUCCCUUUAAAAACCUUGAAAAUCUUUGCAUUGAGAUAUUUCUGGACAUAACAAAACCUGUUGAUAUCCAAGGCUUUCAUAAUGUUAAAAGGUAGAUGUGUCUUCUUCUGACAUGAAUUGUGCGCUUUUCUUUUGCAUCUCUACCCCAGCUUUGCAAACUGUUGGUGAAUUGGUUUGGUUACAACACAUCAAUGACAAUGUACAGAACUGACUAUAAACAGACAAGAGGCUGUGUCGCAAACUGCGGUUAAAAACACCAGUUGAGAUGUAUAUUGUGAUUGCGCUGUAUACAUGCCUAAAGAAUGCUAUUAAAACACGAAUAAUACAGGCAUAUCCCACAUCCCAUCAGAAAAUGUAAAAUUCAGAAUAAGGCCUCAUUCAGAAUAUCUAAAUGGAAUAUGCUAUUUACAUGACCUGCAUCAAAUUCAGAAUACUGGCAUAUUAGGAAUAAUAGUGGAAUAUUAGUGUGCACGUAAACAUAGUUAAUGUCAUGAAGUACCUUAAGUUGUCAGGUAUUAUUGCUGGAUCAGCCCAAACCAGACAAUCCUGGCCGGUUAUUGUAUCCAUAACACUUUCUGCAUAGAUAUACUACAAACUGUAUCAUGAUAAAUAUUAUUUUAAUGAUCUAAAAUUACAAGUAUUGCACAUGUGGGUUUCAUACAUUUUGCCCACUUUAUAACAAGUUAAGUUGAACUGGUAAUUUCAGCUCAGUGCUACGUUUGACAUGAAUGCCCAGUCCAACCAAGCUGAACAGAGUCUAAACUGCAGCUAAAGAGCCGCAGAGGAAUGCCACAUACUAGUGCUCUGUAGUAAUGCUGUAUGUGACACUUAAAACUCACCUGUCAACUUCACUGACAAUAUAAAACAACUUUGCAUAUUGUACUGUAUUCACAUUUACUAUACAUAAGCAUUGCCAUCAUAAUGCCACACAUGGGGACAACAUUCAAGUUCAGAGACCAUAGCUGAGCUGAUGACAGAGCUACAGCCCCUAACUGUCCAUGUUUUUUUGUUGAUCAUAUGAUCAACAAAAAAACAUGAUCAACAAAAAAACAUGGGACGCUUUUAGGACAGUUGUCACAUGAUUGGAGGUUUUGCAAAAAUGUUCUGCAUUUGUUUCUUUGAUAAUAACGCUGACAAUCAGAAAGUGGUAAUUUAGAAACCUAGUGUUUUAUAUAAUCAGUUUUCCAUCAUUUAGAUAAUGUACCAGAUAGUGAAGUCUGAUACAACAGGACUAAUGUUUUACAGACUGUCACACUUGGUAUAGUCAACCAGGACAGGUGAGAAAUGUAUUGAGAUGGUAAAAAAGAAAAGGUAAAUGUGCAAAAUAUUGCUAAAACUCCAAUCAUGGUCAAAUACUGUUUAUAAAAGGGUUUUAAAAAAACUCAAGAUUGAUUUAAUGAUACUGAUUGAAAAUCACCAGCUGCCUAUGCAUUCACUGCCAGCAUGUUUGUAUACAGGAUGGACUCUUAAGUACAUGAUCAGUUUUCUGCUCCCUGCUGAUGAUCAUUAGGUCUAAGGUCAAAGAGUCUUAAGUCAGCAUCACACUGUUAUAUUAGAUGUCAUAGUGCCAUAAUGUAUAGCCUUAUUUAGCCUUUGAAUAGAAAAUAUUUAGGUGAACUUAUUCAUAGCUCUGGAGUAUCUUUGACUUUGAGUUGACAAUUGUAACCCCUCAGUGUACUCUGAUACAAUCAUCAUUCAACCCAUGCCAUUUUAUGCAGGAUUUGGGUUUCUUGAAGUUUUGCCAAAAAAUUCUGCACGUCAGAUCUGGGUUUAAUACUGCACAAUGCCCAAACUCAAUUUGUAAAGACUAUUUGAACAUAUCACCAUCAGUGUGUUUAUUCUGAAAGCACACAGUAUACAAAGGGGAUGACUGACUAUGGUGCAGCUUGAGGAUACACUCCAUGUAAAAACGUGUAAGUCAAAUACAAACCUUUCAGUGCACUGAGGGAACGUUUCUCCAGUUGAGCACUUUUCAACAUUAUGCAGCAUUGAACAGUGGUCUUCAGCACCUGCUGCUACGCUGUAUGUGUACAUAUAUGUGUGUGUGUGUGUGUGUAUAUAUAUAUAUAUAUAUAUAUAUAUAUAUAUAUAUAUAUAU